AUGAGUGAAGAAAAUCAAUUCAGGUCGACGUACACUUUCUGGCUCCCACCUGAGCUUUGGAUGCGAGUCGCGUAUUUUCUACCUCGGAUGCCCGAUCAACCGAGAUGGCAGCCGUGGGUCAAGUAUCGCGGGCUGAACAGGAUAUUCAAGAGAGAGAUUGAAGAUUUCUACUUCAAGUACUGGGUCAAGCGUGCAAAGCUCAGGGUGGAACGCGAGGAAGACAUUCCGAUGGAUCUCCCUGGAUUAUACAAUCUUCCCCCUGGAUUUUAUCAUAUGUGUCUACAUGAGCGUUAUAUUUUCUCUGGCUUUCGUGAUUCUGAAAAGCGCAUCGCUAUUUUUGAGGGUCAAAGAUUGAAAUGGACAGAUCCGCGAGAUCGUGAGAAGUUAAUUCAAAUUGAGAGAACGUUGAACGAAUUCGAUGAGCAAGGAUACAAUCCUUACAUCACUGUUGAGAUUGAGAAAGGAGUAACCGAUUUACUUCCCAUCGACCUUCGUCUGCGGCACACCAUCACAAGUAGUUAUUUUACCUUUGACUGGCGAACUUAUCUCUCCACUCUGCUUGACGAGCGGCGCCGUGUUGAUGAGUAUGAAGAGCUCUACGGGUGUAAAUCCCAACUCCGACUGGCGGUAGAACUGGCAUUCAAAAUCGACGACGGAGACAUGGAGCCUAUGGAAGCAAUACUACGUCUGGCGCAAGCAGCAGGGACUGAGCUUGUUGGCCGUGAUGGCCGACUGCUCGAAAUCCGCAGGCGUCGACGGUACCGCUUAGGACUCAAAACUGGCAAAUUGCGGCCUGGACAUCGUUCGCUUGAGCCACUCACUCUUCUUGAACGUCGCUUUGCACAUCUCGAUGAGGAACACGUGGCAGCGACGCUUCUGGACAUUGCAAAGAGCUCGGAUAUGACUUAUUUGGUACAUAUAGAGUGGUAG